AUGAAAUCUUUACCCCAGUCGGCUCCCCAGACACCCCCAUCCCUCGCCGCAGACGACGCCGUCUACGCAAUCUGGAUCGGCACAAACGAUCUCGCCAACCACGGCUUCCUCACCGACAUGCAGGAGCCCAACAGGACAAUCGCAGACUCCAUGGACUUCAUAUACGCCGGGCUCGACGGGGUGUAUGCGCGGGGCACGCUCUCUUUUGUGCUCAUGAACAUUCCGCCGAUGCAGCUGACGCCGCUGUCUGAGACGCCGGAGCGCGGCGGGGUGGGCGAGACCUGGGCGUGGCCGGACAAGCUGGGGAAUAUUACACGGAUGACGCACCUCUACAACCAUCCAUAUGAGUACCUGGCUGCCCUAGCCAACGUAACCGGAUAUAACUACCACUGCAACCUCGACAUGUCCGAGUGCCAGGGGUUAGGAAACCCAGAGUCAUUCAUGUGGUUUGACUAUUCGCAUCCGUCGCAGCGGACCGAGCAGAUCAUUGGAGAGCAGUUCUUGGAUGUGGUUAGCGGGGAGAAUUACAUGAAAAGGAAACGUUGGGCGGGGUGA